UUAUGGGGAGAAACCCUUGUUGUGCUAAAGAAGGCUUGAACAGAGGUGCAUGGAAUGCCUAUGAAGAUCAAAUUCUUAUAAACUACAUUAAAGCUAAUGGCGAAGGCAGGUGGAGAAGUCUUUCCAAAAGAGCGGGUCUAAAAAGAUGUGGCAAGAGUUGCAGGCUUCGUUGGUUAAAUUAUUUGAGACCAGACAUCAAAAGAGGAAACAUUUCUCCAGAAGAGGAAGUUUUUUUUUUUUUUUUUUUUUCUUUUUAUGUAAUACUCAUUGCAAAAACGCUUAUUUACAGAUGGUCGCUGAUAGCAGGGAGGCUUCCAGGACGAACAGACAAUGAAAUAAAGAACUACUGGAACACUAAUUUGGGGAAAAAGACACAGAAACUAAAAAGCUUAAACAACAUUAAUAACAAAGCUGAAAAUUCAUUACUGUCCUCUGACGAAACAGCCUUACCAUCUUCACCUCCAAAAAUGGCCACACACUCACAUGUGUUUAGAUCCAAAGCAUUUAAGUGCACUAAGGUUCUUCUUUACCCAAACUCCAUCCAACUUGAAAACUGUCCUGGACCAUCGCCGCCGCCGCUGUCAUCAUCUGUUAUGCCCGGAGAAACACGACCGGAGUUUUUGAGAAACGGGGUACAAAAUAAUAGUGAUAUUAAUAAUAAAGAUCGACAGGAUCUGAUGAUUGGAGAUGAUCUGCAUUUCAUAUCGGAAUCCGACGGUUUGAAUUCUUCUAAUUUUGAUUAUCACAGCAAUGUUAACAGUGUUGAUCAUAAUGAAGAUGACUUUGUGUUGUCGUCAAUGGAGGAGUUGCCUUCGCUAUUAUCAGAGGAUUUUACUGUGACAAACAAUGAAGUUUCAGAUCAUCAUCUUAAUCUUAGUCCCUUGACUUCAUUUCUGGAGUCUGGAUGGGUAUGUCCUGGAGAUAAUUGACUUUCUACCACUCUCUUUUUUCUCCUGUAGUUUAGUAGAAAUGAAACUUUUUGUCUGUAUUGCCGUUAAAACAUGUGUCUACUAAGGUAAUAAUUUUUCUGUAUGGUUCGAGUAGAAGCCUGUUCCACUUAUAAAAAAAAAUCAACUAUAUAACUAGUUUACCUA